AGGCAUCCGAGAACAGGAAGGAGGUCGACGUCAUUUCCGCAGGCUUACACCGGGGAAAGUUGUUUCCUGAGGCUGACACUCCUCUAAUAAUCUCCACACUAAAGGACACACCUGGAUUAUUCCUGCAACAUGACUUUAAUUUCACAUUUCUGGACCUCUCGAUAGACGUGUUUAGGUCGGGCGGUGCUCCUGGUUGGACUCGGUGUGUCUGCUGAGAAGAUGAGUGAAGACACAGAGACGAGUCUUCAGGCCCAGCUAGCAGAGUGCCGAGCUCAGGCCGAACACUGGCAGGGCGUGGCGACGAUCUGCGAGCUGAGCAAACAGGAGGAACUGGCAGAGCUGCAAAAACAAUGUGACCAAGAGAUCCAGUCUCUACAGGAGGCUCUCAGAGAGACGGCAGCGCAGUAUGAGGCUCGGAUUUCUGUUCUUCAGUCUGUGGAGUGGAGGAGAGCCAGCGGACAGAUCCUGAUCAGUGGAAGGAAAAGCCGCAUGGACACAGAAGCCGUCAGUAAUGACUCCCAAACACUGAACAGUCAGACGGAGGCAGAGGCAGCAUCGUCACCCGAUAGGAAGCAGAGCCAUCAGGCCGAGUUGGAUGCGGCGGAGGGAGAAGCAGCACAGCUGACAUCGGACGGUUAUUUCUCACUGAGGAGCUGCGACUCUGCGUCUCUGUCCUCCUUCUCCAUGGACACGCCGUCUCUACCCAGAAAACUGCACGCUCAGGACGACACCGACUCCCUGGUCUCCACAGGAACUCUGGUACCUGAGGCCAUCUACCUGCCGCCUGCGGGACACCGGCUGGUCACACAUGGGGACUGGGAUGCAAUAAACGCUCAGGUGUCUGAGCUGAGAGACGAGGUGAGUCGUCUGCAGGCUGAGAAGGAGGAUCUGGAGAAAGAGCUCGACACACAGACCAACCAGACACACAAACAGGUAUCAAUGCUCCAGUGUCAGGUCAAGACUUCUGAGGCUCUCCUUCAGGAUCUGCAGAAAUCUGUCAGCCAAUCACAGAACGCCAUGCAGAGUCGGCUGGCAGAGCUGUCCCUCUCUCAGAGGAAGAUGUGCAGCGAUCUGUCCCGACUGAAAGGAGAGGAGGUGGAGGAAGAUGAGGCAGACUCCAGCUUAGCGUUCACAGCGUCUCUGCAGGGGGCGCACUGUGAGGAGCGUCUCCGCAUCGAGAUCGUCAACCUGAGAGAGCAACUGGACACCCGAGCCGAGGAGAACGAAGUUUUAGAGGUGCAGCUGUCCAGUCUGAAGACGGAGACCGAGAGGAUCCAGGCUCAGAAGGACCAGCUGCAGGCUGAGCUGCUCGCCUGUCGCACUGAACUGGAAGCCCUGCGGGUGGCGCUGUCUCACGUGCAGGGAACCAACAAGUCUUUAAGUAACGACAAAACGGCUCUGCAGCAGCAGUGUCUGGAGCUGCGCAGUCAGGUGAUCAGUCUGCGCUCUCAGGUCGACACCACGCAGACGGUCCAGAGAGACUUUGUGCAGCUCUCCCAGUCUCUGCAGGUGAAGCUGGAGUUGGUGCGGCAGGCGGAGAGUCUGGACCAGGUCAGAGAAAUCCUGGAGGAAGGAGACAGUGAAGCCGGGUCGUCGCCUGCGGACGCCUCGUGAGUUUUUUCAGUCACACUGAACCAAAGAGCAGAGACCAAGAUACACAGAGACAGACUCACGCCACAUGAAACACAGGUGUGACCAUUGGGACCAGCACAGCAGGUGUGGGAGCACAGGAAACACUGGACGAACACUGAGUGAACAGACGUGAUGUUUCUGUUCGAUGUCAAAGACUGAAGACCAAAGUGAUUUUAGAUGAACUGUGAACCUUAACAUGCUCCACGCUCCUUUAACAUCAGGAACACAUUUACUCUCUUACUAACACACAUGUAAAUAUGAUCUUUGACAGAACUGACUUCACUACAAACACUCCACAGUCCAACUCUUGAUCUCACGUCACUAAAUAUGAACCAUCGUUUGAUAUGCAAACUGUAUUUUACUUCAUGUUUGAGGCGUCCUAAAAACUGACCACAGUGCAAUAAUGAAAAAUGAAGUUACACAACGUAGAAGACAUCCCUCUUUACCCUGCAUUAACCGAUGCAUUCUCAUACAUUCCUCUGCAUUGUUAACUCUUUCAGGUUUUAAGAUAAUUUAUGAUCGAGGAUUUUGGAAGAAGUCAAAAAGUACCUGUGAAAAAUGUAAAGGUGUAACCCGCUUUGUUUUUCUGUGUUUACAUUUUGAAUUAAAGAUAAAUCGUCUUUUUGUCA